GGGAUUUCAAAAUAACGCGUGCAUUUCAAGGUCAGGUUGAUUAGUUGGGGCACAGAAUAUUUUGAGACUUCAUUUUGUGAUCCUCAGAGGGUAUAUCGUUGGUGUGACACCACACCGAACCUACCCGAAAAUUCCGUAGAUUUCGACUACUGCUGUUUACUUGUUUCAAGCACCUCGUGUUCUCUCGCUUUGCAUUGAAUGGAGAAAGCCUUCUGGUUGUAAUUAAAUAAAUAAAAUGAACCGAUUGUUUUCAAUCUACCAGCUUAGUUCACGUUAUUCAUUCAUCAAUUCGCCUCUAUUAUCUCUUUGGAAUAAGGCGAAGCAGAAGAGCAUUUUCACAUCUGCUUGUACAGUAAACAAUUCCAUAUUGCAUUCGACGGUCCGUUGGAAAUCGAAAGGAGGUUUGCCUGCCAGUGUUAAAAGCAAAAAAAUUUCCCGAGAUGAUGUUGCCCCAGAAGUAUUCCCACUGAUAAAAGCUGAAAAAAUGGAAAAAGAAUUUCAUAAUUUACUGUCACGUUUUCAAGCUUCUCUUGUUCAACGGUUAAGUUUAAGAAUGACGCCACAGUUAUUUGCUGAUAUUAUGAUUCCCGAAGAAAAUGUUAAACUUGGUCAAGUAGCUAAUCUACUCCUACAGAAUGCUUCACAUCAAAAUGCCUCUUCAACUAGUGCACAGCAUAGAGCUAGCUUAGGUGAUCAAUUUCUUCUAGUUGAUCUUACCGGUCGACCAAAUCUCUUGUCAGCUGCACGUAAAGCAGUGAUUGCAUUUUUGGAUCCAGGUAAAGAUGGUUCUGGAGAAAGUAAACUUCAAUCAGCUGGUCAGCAUGCUUUUACAAUCCGACUGAAUACUGUUAUCACCCAAGAAUCUCGUCAAAAAGCACUCAGUCAAGGACGUGAAUUGUUACAACACACAAUCCGUGAAAUGGACAAAGUUCAUCAAACACACAGUAAACUAUUGAAUACUAAACAAGUCAAAGAAGAGAUAAGUGAAGAUAAUCUUUUCAUUGCUCGUGAGUAUUUACGUGCUUUAGUGAAAGAACAGCAUAAAUUAGCUGAACUGUUAUGGGAGAAGAAACGUGUUGAGUUGGAAGGUGAUGCAAAUUGAUGGACAGGAUAAUGAUGCCUUCAAUUUUA